CUGGUGUGCUUAUGCCUGGACUUUGCUCACACAAAGAUAUGUGUAUGGAUCUCAUGUUAACGAAAGUCUAAUCCUUCUGCAUAUAUUUCUAUGCAAACUGGCUUUUAAGUAACCAUAUGUCAUGGAUACUGUUUCUCUGACAGUAUAGAUAUGUACUGUGUCUUUAUACUUUCAUAAUACUUUCUUAUAUACAUACAUCAUACUUUUUUAACAGAUGGGUUCUCACUAUAGAAGGUCAUGAAUGCUCAGAUGUCUUUCUGUUUGAGCCUCCUGAAUGCUGGGAUUAUCAGUUUCUAUACCACACCCAGUUUAGACCAUGCUUUUUUAAACCUAAUCCUUCAUUGGGGUAUUUCCAGUUUUUCCUUACUAUAGCCCAUCCUAUGUGUCAUGAAGCUGUCUUCCAGAGACUUUGUAGCAAGUUAUACUUCCCACCUUAAACCAAGAGAUCUACUUAGCUCCCUAUACCUUCCCUUGACGGUUAUUGCCACUGAAAAAUGGCCUUACUUUAAAUCUUUAAAGAUUGUUGUGUGAUAUUUUGAUCUCAUUCUGACACUCCAAAUAUGGCCAGUAAAAGUUUGUUUUGAUUCAGAGGGCAGAGCUAGCUACUGAAACGAAAGCGAAACCUUCCUAGCAAGCACGCACGGACAGCCUGUUUAUAUUGGGUUUCAAGGUCUGAGUUGGUGAGGACAGACUGACCAGGGCUCUUCCUCAAGAAAUAGGUCCUGCCAAGGUACAAACUCAGUUCUCUGGAUUCAGAGUCCAGAGCAUUAACAAUUAUUUGUUUGGAGGUAGCUACUAGCUGACCAAAAUUAGCCAUAGAGGUUUUGGAGGACUGAGGACAGAUAGGGCAGGGUGUAGAGAGGGGUCUUGGCCCUUUUGGUUCAAAUAAUGAGAGAGAGAGAGAGAGAGAGAGAGAGAGAGAGAGAGGAGGUCACUGGUGGCUUCUCCACUGCUUCUCUGAUCAUUUAGGUUCUUAUCCCAGUAGCUGACUCCCGAGUUUUUAUUGAUAAAUAGUAAUUAGAUAAAUGCUUAAUUUGGAACCCCAUGUGGGGUGUCAUUUGUAGUUGGGCUUUUCUUUGGGCCACCAGUUCAGAAAAAGUGAUGCAGAGAUUUGUAUUAAUUAUGAAAGCUCAGUCAAUAGCUUAGACUCGUUUUUAGCUAGCUCUUAUAACUUAAAUUAACCCAUUUCUAUUAAUCUAUGUGCUGUCCCAGGCUCAUUUACCUCACCUACAUAUUAUAUCUCAUCUACAUACUGUACAUCCUGCUUCCUGUCUCCUUGUAUCUCCACCUUUCUUCUUCCCAGUGUCCUCUGUGCCUGGAAAUCCUGCCUAGCUACUGGCCAUUCAGCUUUUUACUAAACCAAUCAGAGUAACACUUCUUCACAGUGUAUGAAAAGAUUAUUCCACAACAAAAGGUGAUUGUUGGGCAGCUUAUGUAUGCUCUUUGCAUUUCUGUUUGCGAAUUUCCUAUCUAUGGUACUAUUAGCCAAAACCCCUGGCUACUGAAAAUGGACACUGGUGUGUGUGUGUGUGUGUGUGUGUGUGUGUGUGUGUGUGUGUGUGUGUGUGUCUGUGUGUCUGUGUGUGUGUGUGUGUGCACGCACACACAAAUUUGACAUAGGGUGUCAUGUAGCCCAGACUGGCUUUGAAUUGAUCUUCUGGCCCUUAAGUUCUAAGUGCUGGGUUACAAGUGUGGAUGCCACAUUUGGCUGAAUGUUUUGUUUAUUUGUUUUUGAGGCAGGGUGUCACUAUGUAGCCCUGGCUGGCCUAGCACUUGCUAUGUAGACCAGGCUGACCUCAAGUUCACAGAGACCUACUUGCCUCUGCCUCCCAAUUGAUAUAGCACAAAAAGAAUUUAUUUAAAGAAUAUUUGUAAUGAUAAGGGACCGGGUGGAACAGGUAGAUUCAUAUUCUGUAUUAUAAAGACAUACUUGUUCUCUGUAUCUUAACACACACACACUGUUAAUGAAUUGUUUGUUCUGAGUUAUACACACACACACACACACACUCGCCACCAGAUGCCCUCAAUACAGGUAGAAACAAACUAAACUUGGCCUUUCAAGUUCCCAGGCCCAAACAUCCCCAGAAUGAGAGAAGGGGCUUGAAGGAAUGACAACAAGAGAGGCAUCCCAAGUCUCAGAAAUGUGAUUAGCCACCCAAACAGGGGCAACACCAAGCUCUGUGCCCCCACCCACCUCCUCCCUGUGGAUUCUGCUGCCUGGAGAUGGGAGACAGGCAGUUUUUAAGGUUUUGUUAGCCUACUGCCUUCUCGGAUUACUGAUUCUCAACAGAGCCUGAUUUGAAGAUUCAAGUCUGGCCUCUGCUGAUCUGCCUCGGUGAUAAUAGGUAUCAUGAGCCCCAGUCUGCAUAUUCUGGAGACUCUACUGGGAGGGCUCUGGGACUCCCCAGUAAGUCACUGAGUUAGCAUGGAGUCCUGAUCAGCGCCUGGACUUGGGGCCUCUGGAGUUAUAAAUGGGGGUGGGGUGGGGCCACUCCCUUAAUCCUAGCACUCCGGAGGCAGAGGCAAAGUUAGCAAACAAUUUCGCUAGAGGACUUUUCCUUCCUCUACUCCCUGACACUUGACACAGCUUCCUUCUGAACAGCUAAACCUUUGCACUUUUAGUUUGGUUCCAGGGAUAAGACUCCCCUGACCUCUGGUUUAAAAGCCCUUCCUGUUCCAUUCCCAUCCCUGGGUUAUGGUCUCUAUGGCCUCCCUUUCUGUACUGUUUGGUUUAUUUCAGGGAGCUCUGUCAGAACGGUGGUGCAGCCUCAGUUCCUGGGGACAGUCCCUUGAGGCAUGUUCUGGUGAGCUGAACAGGCCAUUAUGUUUAUGCUGCUAUUAAAAACACACCCGUGCCCCACACUCGGGCGGAGAGAGGAAUAUAAGGGGGUAGAGACAGGAACUGAGUGGAUGUGGAGUCUUCAGGAUUCGUGGAGACCGGAUCUCACCCAUUUUCCGUCUGAUGUAGAAGGAAGAGCCAGGGGCUGGCUGCUUUGCUUUUCUGAUCUUUAGGUUGAACCCAAUAUCUGUUUAUGGAUUUUUAUUAUUCGUGCUACCGCUUUGGAAGUCUGACCUCGAAUUGCUUAUUUUUUUUAAAAGAUUUAUUUAUUUAUUAUGUAUACAACAUUCUUUCCAUGUAUGCUUGCAUGCCAGAAGAGGGUACCAGAUCUCAUUAUAGAUGGCUGUGAGCCACCAUGUGGUUGCUGGGAAUUGAACUCAGGACCUCUGGAAGAGCAGUCAGUGCUCUUAACCUCUGAGCCAUCUCUCCAGCCCUCGAAUUGCUUAUUUUAAGCACAGUGAAGUACAGCACAGUUUAGUGAAAACUGUUCUUGUGAUAAUUAACUCAAUGCAGCAUGCACAACAAAGCAUACAUUAAUCUCCUUGAGAAACAGAUCAUGCGCGAAAUCAUCCAAACUCUCUGUAAAGUCCAUGAAGAUUUUCUAGGAAAAACAAAUUUAUGUGUGAGGGCCUGGGAGAGAGAGGGUCCAGUGCUGGAAAACCUCUAGCCCCACAGAUAAAGCAAAAGCACUUGAGUAAUAAGCAUGUCUGCUCCAGUCUUCUGGCAGAACAGCUUUUGCAUUCCUUCCCUUGAAGGAACAGCCCUGUGUGUUUAACAUUCCAGGCUCUCCUAGAGCAGAGGUUCUUAUCCUUCCACCCUUUAAUACAGUUCCUCAUGUUGUGGUGACUCCCAACCAUUGCUUUCAUUAUUACUUCAUAACUCUAUUUUUGCUAUUGUUAUGAAUAAUAAUGUAAAUAUCUGAUAUGCAGGAUGGUCCUAGGAAACCCCUAUAAAAGGGUCAUUUGACCUUGACCUCCACCCCUAUCACCCCCACCCCUUUACCCCCCUCCACCAUAGGUCUCAACCUAUGAGUUGAGAAACACUGUCUAGCACACACCUGUGAGAACAAAGGCUUCAUGUCUCUAAAUAUUCCCUCUAGCGAGGCCACACCUCCUAGCCACCAACCAGACAUCAAGUAUUCCAGACAUCAAGUAUUGAAAUGCCUAAGACUUAACUAUAAUACCUCAUUCAAACCACCACAACAGUUUUUAGGAUGUUAACCUGAUGCCUUCUCAAGCUGCUGACUGCAAAGAGCAACUUGCACAAUCCUCUCCGGUCUUUGCUCCUUGACUUCUAUGGUAACAGGUAUCGUGAGCUCUGGCUAGUAUUCUGAAUACAUCUAGUUGUUAGAAUUAGAUAUAACUAGGGUGGGAGCUGGGGAGACGGCUCAGCUGGUAAAGUGAGUUCAGAUCCCUAGCACCUACAUCAAUGCUUGACACUGUAGUGCAUGUCAAUAACCCCGGGGCUGGGAGGGUUACAGACAUAGAACAUCUGUGAGUCAUAUCCAGGAUGCCUGCUCUCUAGGCAGGCUAGCCAACAUAGAGAGCUGCAGGUUCUAUGAGGGACUGUCACCAAAAAUGAGGUGUAGAAUGAUAGAGGAAGACACCUGACAUGAGUCUCUGUCCUCUACACAUGCGUACUUGGGUGUGUACCCACCCCAUCCCUCUGCAACCUGUACACACACCAAAGGAAAAAGUCACAGAGAUGAAGUUGGGGGUAGGUCAGUAGUAGAACACUUGUCUAACAUGCACAAGACCCUGGGUUCAAACCUUAACAUUUAAAAAUUAAUAAAUAGAUUACUUUAAUCAUUCAGUUUCUCUUUAGAAUUAAACACUUGGAGAAAGGCUUUAAGGGGCAGAGGCUGAGGAAGGAAUUAUGGUCUAUGGUUUUAGCUCUGAGUACAGUAGUCACUGUGGACUGAGAGUUCUCUGUCAACUUGGGCAAACCCAUCUCUUCUAGCUUGAGAUCCCCUGGCAGGAUGAGCAGUGUGAACCGGCCUGUUCCCGUGACUAGUAUUGUUCUGCCAUGGUGCUCUAGGACAAUUACUCCCACCAGCCAGAUCCCCACAACCUCACUGGAGAUUAGUUACCAGCUUGUAGGUAGAGCAAAAUGGGUUUCUAGAUUUCUAUCACACGGCUGCAGAAAGCCGAACUUCCAAGCCAAGGUGGUGGUGGUGCACACCUACAAUUCAAUAUUUGGAAGGCUGAGACCUGAGGAUCCUGAGAUUAAGACCAGACUGGGCUACAUAGGGAAUUACAGGUCAAAGUCAGUUCCAUAGCAAGACCUUGUCUCAUAAAACCAAAGAUUCACUUGCCCAGAACUUUUACAAAUGGAGCAGUUAAAUAUUGAUAAUAGAAAGUGUGGGGGCUGAAGAAACAGCUCCGGCUCUGUGGGUAAGAGCAUUGUGUGGGAACACAGGGGCACCUGAGUUCAACUCCAAAUAAAAUUUGGCUGUGGCUGCAUGUGCCUAUAACUCCAGUGUUGGAGGUCGAUACAGGAAGUUCACAUGAGCUCAAUGGCCCACCAGCCUAGCAGAAAUGGCUAGCCCCAGGCUCAAUGAGAGAGCUUGUCUCAAAAAAGACAGAGUGACAGAAGACACCCAACAUCUUCCUUUGUCCUCCCCAUGAGCACAUUCAUCUGAACACAUGUGAACAGUGCAUGCACAAACGCGCGCGCGCGCACACACACACACACACAAUGAAAAUUUUAAUGUGUUGAGCUAUAAAUCACUAGAGAAUUACUUGACUGGGUAUUUAAUACAUGUUUGAAAAGCAAAGUAUCUUUUCUUAUUUAUAUAGUCACCUUUCUCAUAAUGUAACCGGAAGCAUAUAUGGAGAGAAACGGUAAGAACUUUGAGAUUUGGGGGAGAGGGGUUGUUUGCGUGGUUUUUGUUUGACACUGUCUUAUGUAGCCCAAACUGGUCUUCAACUCUCUACAUAGUUAUAGUGACCUUGAAUUCUCAAUCCUCUUGCCUCCUCCUUCCAAGUGCUGGGGUUAGAGGUGUGUACCACUAUGCCUGGAUUGGAGACUUCUGUAACCCAGGCCGUGUUCAAGCUAGACAAGUGUUCUAACAACCAGGCUACACCUCCAGCUCCUUGUGGAAUUUUAAAAAGAAUGUUUAAACAUUUAUUUGUUUCUGUUGUAUGUAUAUGCACACGCGUGUGUUCAUGCUCACGCCCUGGUGUAUGUGUGAAGAGAUGGGGGGAAACUUGCAGGAAUCAAGUUUUACCACGUGGGACCCCGGGGAUUGAACUCAGGCCAUCAGGCUUGGCAGCAGCACAUUUACUCACAGAGUGUCUUUCCAGUCUCCCAUUUUUUGGUAUGUUUAAGGAUUCAUUUACUCAAAUUCUUUGCCUUAUCUGGAAUUUACUUUGGCAUAAAUAUCUUCAGUAUUGUUUCACUUUUUGAGGUGAAAUUUAUGUUUUUCUUAAAGCUUCAUGAUGAGGUGUUAUCAUUAUGUUCUUAGCCAUGUUCUGGGGACCACAUGGAGGGAGGCAUGGCUGGAGGACGACACAGCCGGGUGGCAGCUGCAACCUAAAUAACAAAUGCUCCAGAGACCACGAAUUAUCUGGGAGUAACAUUGCAAUGGGGAUUCCAUGUCAGAGUCAAUGAUAGUGAGGACCACUGGCCCUGUGCUACCACACCUGACUAAGAAUUUUCUUAUUAGCGUUCUCAUACUUCUACACCACCUCAGCCGUGAAGCAUGCUGGCCCUUUAACAGGUGAGCAGGAGGCAGAGUCUUCAAAAGCUAGAAGAAACAAGCAGGGCCUGGCUGCCAUGGCUAACCUACGUGGGAAGGACAGCAGCAGUCACGUGGUUUCCCUUCUAGAGGCUUCUCUAUCAGUGAGGGACACGACUGGCAAGGAAUCCCACCAGGCUGCCGAGAUGAAAUGUCUUGAAGGUAUUACCACGUGGGCCGAGUGUCUACAGAAAAUGUCCAGAAGUCCACAGGCAAGAGGCCUGCAUUUACACCAGAGGCCAAGCAAGUUCUUUGUUCCCCUGGCUCCUGAAGAAGGCUCAGUAUCUGCCUUCCACCUGGAGAAAGUGGAAGAGGAGAAUGAAGAGGAAGAUGUGUGUUCAGAUCAGGCCCCAUAUGUGGAGGAGGAAAGGAAUGAUCUCGGGGAUCCAGCUAUACUGAGUGUCAUCCAAAAUACCCAAGUACCACGGCAGAGAGGCCUGCACGGUUCCUCUGGAGCCGAGGCCCUUGGUACCCUGGGGAUGUCACAAGCCUCCUUGCGUUUUCUGUGCCAGCCUGCAUUCUCAAGAGCCAGCUUUCCAGCCCACCACAUGGGACCUCACCAGCCUUCACCGGAUCCUCUUCUGUCCUACAACCCACUGACCCUGUGCCCCCCUAAACUCAGCCUUCCCAGUCAUCUGACGCAGCUCCACCCUCAGCACCAAAGGAUCCUACUGCAGCAGAGGAGUCAAACCGUGAGUCUCCUAGCCAAGAAGCCUUGGUCUCUGAAGCCAGACACCUAUGCUAACCUCAUGACCCGAAAAGAGAAGGACUGGGUGAUAAAGGUGCAGAUGGUUCAGCUGCAGAGUGAGAACCCUCGCUUGGAUGACUAUUACUACCAGGAGUACUAUCAGAAGCUGGAGAAGACACAGGCAGACAAAGAGCUGCUUCGGCAGAGGAACAGGGCUGAGUCUCUCAAGCUGGUCACACCUCACACCCAGAAGGCAGAAGUUUAUGAGUCAGUGGUACGAAUUGAGGGUUCCCUGGGCCAGGUAGCUGUAUCAACAUGUUUUAGCCCUCGCCGAGCUAUUGAUGCCGUAUCUCACAGAACUCAAGAGCAGGAUACGGGAGCAGCAAGCAGUCAGAGGCUCCGAGUGCUCUCCCUGAUUGAGAAGAUGUUCCUUCAGUUGCUAGAGAUAGAGGAGGGCCAGAAUGAUGGGUUUCCACAGCUCUACCACUCGGGGGAACAGAGCAACCAGGUGGAGAAGCUCUUUCAGGCCUUAAAGACCCAGGGGCAGGACAACCUGGAAGAGACAGCAGAUAGCCUUCUGCAGGUGCUGUCUGUGAGGAAAGGGAAAAUUCUGGUGGCUCGGCUGCUCCCCUUCUUGCCCCACAAUCAAGCCGUUAGCCUUCUCCUGUACAUCACCUACCACCUGCCUUUCCUGAUCCUGAGGGACAUGGCUGACCAGGCUCUACACAUUCUAUUCAAGCCUCUGGGAAAAUACAUCCGUUAUUUGAGCUUUCAUCAGCUCCUCCGUGGACUUCAAGGUCUAAUGUUGCUGCCCCCCGGCACCUCAGAGCGGCCAGUCUCUGUGGUGCUUCAGAAUCAGUUUGGGAUAUCUCUGCUUUAUGCCCUGCUGAGUCAUGGAGAGCAGCUGGUGUCCCUGGAUUCUUCCCUCCAAUCCAGCAGUGACCGUGCAGCCUGGACAGACUUGGUGAUUCUAGUUGCAUGGGAGAUAUCUCAGUUGCCCACGGCAUCCCUGGCAGAGCCCCUAGCCUUCCCCAGGAACCUGCUUCCCCUCUUCUGCCAUCACAUGGACAAACAGCUCGUGCAGCAGCUGGAAGCCAGAAUGGAGCUUGCCUGUAUCUACUGAUUUAUUAGUUCUUGAACUUACGUGUGAGAAGCUGAAAUCUCAGAAAUAAAACUACAUCACAUCACCUUCCUACAGUGAUACAGUCCAAGUCAUUUCCUAUACUUUCUUAUGUUGGAGGACCCUGCCAUAUUGUCAUAGCCCUUCUUAAAAGCUAAGUGACUUGCCUAAAAUUAAGGCAUGACUUUAGGUAUAAUUAAAGAAACAUCAAAUGAUAUGUUGAAACUUGUUUGUAAGUUUAGAAUUACAAUGAAGACCAUUUUUGUGAGUGUGUCAAUAUAAGGGGCAAGGCCUUGUUAUAUGUAAUAAAAAUGUAAUUUGGAACGUU